CCUGGGCGGCCGGUCGCGCGCGGCCAUGUGGCGGCUGCUGGCUCGGGCCGGGGCGCCGCUCCUGCGGGCGCGGACGUCAGGUCCCCGGGCCGCCCCGCCCGCCCGCGCUGGGCUGAAGACGCUGCUCCCGGUGCCGACCUUCGAGGAUGUUUCCAUUCCGGAGAAGCCCAAGCUUAGAUUUGUGGAAAGGGUACCACUCGUGCCAAAAGUGAGGCGAGAACCUAAGAACUUGAGCGACAUCCGGGGACCUUCUACGGAAGCCACUGAGUUCACGGAGGGCAACUUUGCAAUCUUGGCGCUGGGUGGUGGUUACCUCCAUUGGGGCCAUUUUGAAAUGAUGCGCCUGACAAUCAACCGCUCCAUGGACCCCAAGAACAUGUUUGCUUUAUGGAGAGUACCGGCCCCUUUCAAGCCCAUUACCCGCAAGGGUGUGGGACAGCGCAUGGGGGGUGGCAAAGGUGCCAUUGAUCACUACGUGACCCCCGUGAAGGCUGGCCGUCUCAUAGUAGAGUUGGGCGGGCGUUGUGAAUUCAAGGAGGUACAAGGUUUCCUCGACCAGGUUGCCCACAAGUUGCCGUUCACAGCGAAGGCCGUGAGCCGAGAGACUCUAGAGAAGAUGCGGAGAGAUCAGGAGGAGCGAGAACAGAACAACCAAAACCCCUGGACCUUUGAGCGCAUAGUCACCGCCAACAUGCUGGGGAUUCGGAAAUACCUGAGCCCGUACGACUUGACCCAGAAGGGGCGGUACUGGGGCAAGUUCUACAUGCCUGAGCGAGUGUAGGGAGGAUGGGAGACGGAGGUGGACAAAGGCCACGGAGAGAAAGGACCUACCCUUUCAGUCUCGGGGGCUCCGACAGCUAACUGAGGAGCAGUGGAUGAGUAAGUGGCUUCUGGAAAAUGGUACCAUAUCUCUUGUUUUAAAGGCAUCCUAUUUACAUUAAAUAACGUUUGAAUGUCCCCUCAGAGUAUAACUUCUCGUUGGUCCCUCCUGGCCCUUACAUGGUCACAAAGCUGGCUUCACCGACCGUCAGGGGUCCAGUUCUCCCCAGCUGUCAGGUCAAGGUCUUCAGGGUCUCCCGCCUUGGGGUAAAAUGGAUUUAGUAUCUGCACGGGGUUUCCUGCUGUCAGUCGGCCUCACAUGGCUUCACUUGUACCAGACCUCUACGUUAGUACCUGUUCUCCAGCUGAAGGAAACUGAAGGUUCCCGCUUUACUGUGUCUCAUUUCAGCCUGGGAACACUACUUUUGGACAGUGGGGGAAUUCUGUGCUGCCUUUAUAUGUACACUUCAGGAGCUAUUUGCUGUAUUUACUAGUUAACAGGUUUUUGGAAAAGCAAAAAAAAAAGAAAAAAAAAAAACUGGUA